AUUUCGAGAGCAGUUUAAUUACUUAUUUUCCUGUUUUUGGCCUAUAUUUUUGGGGUAUUUCGACCUGUUUAUGUUCUCUGUGUCUUUAUCAAAGAUACCACGAUGACUUUGAUGACAUUAUUUGGCUGUAUUUUGAUCGCUUUUGGUCCCGCAGCCGUGAUAUUUUUAGUGGCUGUGGCAAGAGAUCAUUUUCAUGUGAUCAUUAUGAUUUCAAGCGCGUUCUUUUGGCUGCUGUCUUUACUUCUUUCAUCAAUUUGGUGGACAAUCGUCUCUCCUUUGAAGAAGGAUCUCGCGUUUGGCGUAGCAUUUUCAGUGCUAUUUCAAGAACUGCUUCGUUACGCUUUCUUUCUAUUGAUCAAAAAAGCUGAAGAUAGUGAGUUAGUCUCACUAGCAAGCAAGUCAUCUGGCUUGUUUAAACACAAGACUGCCUUUGUGUCAGGUCUAGGAUAUGGUAUAAUGAGUGGUCUCUUUGCCAUGGUGAAUGUUUUAGCAGAUAUAACUGGACCUGGUGCCCCAGGUCUUGAUGGAGAGUCACCACAGUUUUUGAUUAUUUCAGCUCUUCUGACGUGUGCCUUUGUGCUUUUGAAUACGUUUUGGGGUAUUAUAUGGUUUGAAAGUUGCAGCAGGAAGAAAUAUGCUUACCUUGCUCUUGUUUUUGGAUCUCAUAUGUUUGUUUCAUUAAUGACACUGCUUAACAAUAGGAAACACUAUCUUGGUUCGAUGAUGUCAGCUUACAUUGUCUUGAUUAUAAUGGCCGUUUUGGCUUUUAAAGUGGCUGGUGGUAGCUUACAAAACCUACGUUCAGCUCUUGCCCGGAAACAACGUCCUCAAAUGCACAAUGAGGAUGUGACAGUGGUAAGCCCAACCACAUAGGAUCCCUAUAGAUCUUCAUGGAUCUCUGUGGAUCUUAAUGGCAAGGUAUCACUGUGGAUAUUGGUAUACCUUUGAACGGUGAUAUUUGUGGUUACAAAGUAUCAGAGAUCAUUAUCAAUGAAAUCCCAAGAAAGAUUGUGCUGAUUGUGGUACCAAUUGAAAGUAAUUUUUCACUUUCAAAAUGUCACUUUUUCACUUUUAAAAUGUGUUUCCCUCUAGAGACCAAUUUAUCAAUGAACUAUAAAGAAUAAAGAAAUAUAAUACAUAACCGUAGCAAAAUUCUGAUUCUCUAAAUCCAAAACAUUAACGCAUCAUGAGGAAGUU